AUGGUGUUGAUGGGAAGAAACCGGGUUGGGUCGUCGACGGACCCACCUACCCGAUGGUUACGCCUCUGCUCAACGAUCUCUACCAAUUCACCAUGGCUUAUGCUUACUGGAAAGCCGGCAAACAAUCGAAACGAUCCGUGAUCUAAAGAGAAGAGAGAACAUGCAACAAGGCAUGUCUCAGUCUUACUUCUGGAAACUUCUUUGAGGUCCUUACUUCUUCAGAGCUAUAGAAGAACACCAAGGUUCGAGAUCUCUGGAACAUUCCGAUGGGCACCGUUCCUGGCUCUGCAGAAAGAGAACUCCUUUUUAACCAUGCUCUUGCUUCUUUCAAAGCACAAAAUGAAGAGCAUCCCUGUGGUUGAUUUAGGUGAAGCAAAGAUCGAGAGCAUCAUCACUCAAUCAGGAGUUAUCCAUAUGUUUGCAGAAUGCGCGGGGCUCCACUGGUUUGAAGAUUGGGGAAUCAAAACUCUCUCUGAAGUCCGUCUUCCCAUUAUGUCAAAAGAUCAUAUCAUAAAGAUCUAUGAAGAUGAACCUGUUCUUCAGGUCUUCAAGCUGAUGAGGAGAAAGAGAAUCGGAGGCAUACACGUCGUUGAAAGGAAAAUUGGGCGAGGGACGUCAAAAGGACUUGCAGUUGCUGGAGAAAUCAUCGAUAAAGGUUUAAAGCAGAAGCUUGUACACAUAACUGCUUCACGGGACAAGAUAUUUGAAGAACAAAAAGUAUUGCAUCCUUUUGUAUAG